AUGGUCGAUUGCGACAUCACGUGUGGUAAUAGUGAGAAUGGAAGAAGAAAUUCUUUAAUGUUACGUUUCACAAAAUAAUUUUAGUAUACAUUUUUUAAUUCAUGCUAUCCCGAAAUGAUGUACUGUAAAAGUGAAUAAUGGCAGAUGCACCAAGUUCUCGAUCUACGUACAAAAGGCGUGGCGCCAAGCCGUACGACAUCUCACAUUCGCUGGUGCGGCGGGUGGCGUCGAGCGUGACCCAGCUGCUGCCGCGGGCGGCGUGGCUGAGCCAGUGGCUGGCGCGGCCCGAGCCCUCCCCGGGCCCGCCGGCGGGCCCCCCGGAGAUCAGCGAGGACGAGGGAGGCAGCAGCAGCAGCGAGGACGAGGAGGAGGAGGGUGAAGAGGGGAGGAAGGCGGCCCCGGCGCCCGGGGACCGCCCCAGGAUCCCGCUGGACCGGACCUUCCCCGCGGGCAGCUUCGCGGUGCACCAGCUCAACGACACGACGGUGAAGGCGGCGGGCGACGAACACCGGGAGUCGGAGGACCGCGACGACGUCCCCCGCGCCGGGGGCCAGGAGGCCGGCGGGGCUCGCCCCCCGGCGGGCGGCCAAGCUGGUCUCGUCGACGCCGGCCGCCGCCGCGGACGCCCGGGGCCUGGUCCAGCCCAGCUACCGCCGCCUGGACGCGACGUGCGCCUCGCCGAUCCCGGUCUCCCCGUCGCGCGGCACCCAGACGCCGGCGUCCGCGCUGGCCAACCCGGAAGAGAAGGUCAACGCGCAGAGUUUCGUGGUGAUGACCAAUCCUUUACUAGCGAGUCUACGAGCGUCAAUUCGUCGCUGGCUGCAAAGUCGUUUCAUUACAAACAUUUGACGGUCACGCCUGGCUCGAAGAAACGAAGAAUGGUCGGUGAAGAUGACGUAAAUGAGGAAGAACAGCUUGAAGAUGUGCACCAGUCGCGAGGCCCCCGGAGCCUCAACCUCGACCGGAAGCGUGCGCGUCUCGCCCAGAGCCUCAACUGCUCGUCUGCGAGCCAGCACGAGGCGACGCUGGGCAGCCGGAACCCCUCGUUCAACGUCGACGUGUACCCUUCCAGGAAGGGCAGUGAGUCACGAGCUAGUCUUCUGUCGUCCAGCUUCUACGCGGGUGAGACUACUUACGGCGGAGCGUCUGCGUACGACAGGAGGAGGAACUGGCUGCAAGAGCAUUCGUCAUCGGCGUGCUUCCCGCGGCCAGGCGCCGUGGAGGUGCGGCCAAGGGAGGGGGAGACCGCCCCCCGGGCGGCAGGCGCGGGCGUGAGCCGGACGGCGCGCCGGAUCCUGGACGCCCUGCAGCAGCUGUCGACGCCGGCGCGGGAGGCGCGGGGCGUGCCGCUGCCUCCGCCCGCCCGGCAAGCGGCCCCCGGGGAGGGUGGCCCCCCCGCGCGGCCCCCCGCGCGGCCCCUCAGCGUGCCCUCGGUCCCCGACCUGCUGCGCCUGCGCCAGAGGGAGCGGAUACGCAGCUCCGUGAGCAGCGCCCGGGCCGUCGCCGCCGCCGCCCGCCCGGAGGAGUACAGCCUGAGGUUGGAAGAUUUUCAGGGUGGAAGCAAGUACGUGUCGAAGGUGAAGUCGAAGCAGAACAGUGCGUUCGAAGACACCGCCGCGCCGCUCAACCUUCCGAACGUUCCGCUUCCGAUCACGACGUUGCCCAAGUUCGACCUCGGCUUCAGCACCGCCAGUUCGCCGGUGACGACACUUGGAACGUCUUCCGCGAAGGGCGGCGCGGGCGCAAGCAUCGUCGGCGGCGCAGUGCAAGCGAUCUCGCCGGGCCGGGCCGCCGGGGCCUCGAGACUCCCCACGGAACCCGCGCCGACGGCCGGCCAGGAGGUUCCGGUGUUCACGUUCAGGCGGCCGCUGGACCCCCAGGACGAGGAGGAGGAGAGGCGUGCGCUGCGCGGUCUCGUCAGUGCGCUGGGCAGUUCGGCGUCGAACGCUCCGAGCGAGUCGGAACAAAGUGGUCGGGGUCGCGAACCGUCGAACGGUCCGGCCCCGGGAGCCCCGAGCGUGGGCGGGGGAAGCGAGAGACUUGAGGGAACUCAGACGCGUGUCGGUGACGCGAGCGAGCGAACCGGCGGGAAUCGGCCGUGCGAGAGCUGCGUCGCAGGGAACACGGCCAGCAGCCGCGUGUGUGCGUGCGGCGAGUCGCGAGACCGGUCUCCGGCCGGCUUCGGCGCCCGGUUCAAGCUGUCGGCCGGCCUGUGGGAGUGCCAGGCGUGCAUGGUGCGCAACAAGGACACGGACGCGUCGUGCGUCGCCUGCACGGCCCCCAAGCCGGCGGCCGAGGGCGCGAAGUCCCACGACCCGCAGACGUGCGCCCGGCCGGGCUUCGGGGACAAGUUCAAGCCCGCCGGCGGCACCUGGGAGUGCUCUGUUUGUCUGGUGAGGAACCCCGAGAGUUCGGUCAGUUGCCAGGCGUGCACCACGGAGAAGCCCCGGUCGAAGCAGGACAAGGGCCAGUCCGGCGGGAAGCCCGCGCCAGGUCCGGCAAACGAGUCGAAAACGCUCGACAAGCUGUGGUACUGCACCAUCUGCAUGGCCUGCAACAAGCCGGGCACGAAGAAGUGCAGCUCGUGCGACUACGUCAACCCGAACUCGAACCGGUCUGGCCUCCAGUUCAAGUUCGAGAUCCCGGCGGAAGCGAGCAAAUUCAAAUUUGGAGUCGACAAAGCUGGCGAUAAGGACGGCACUGCCGCGGCGGCGGCUGGUUCGGUGUGCGGUUUCAAUUUCGGGGGCAGCACCAAGACCACAGCUGCCGCAACCACUUUUUCGUUUGGCAUCCCGACUACAACAGCGGCAAAAUCCCAACUAAGUAAUGCUGAUACAGUUGUGGUGUCGUCUGGCAACGCUGGUGUUGCACCUUUUUCUGCUUCAUUUAAAAAUUCUGAAAAUAAAAGCACAUCUGCAAACAACAUAGGUACUUCAAGAAAACGUCCUAAUGGGGAAGAUCGUUUAGAUGAUAGCACAGAAACGAAGUCUAUAGAUGGGACAGAUGGUAACUCCAGCACUAAGAAAAUUACUUUUUGCUUUGAGCCUUCAAAAGGUUUCAGUUCUUCGUCGGAUAAUUCACCAAAACAGAUAGUAAGUUCGUCUGUGGCACCAACACCCACCCCUUCUAAUUCACCUUUUUCGUCUCCCAAGAAUAACGCCAUCUCACCUAAAACUUCUCUGGCCGCAAAUGCCAGUUUCAAUUUUUCCCCCGGUAGUUUAACAGGGAGAGUAGCUCCCAUUCUUAAGACUUCGGCCAGUGCUGUGCCUGGCAGCUUGUUCGUCCCUGCUGACGGUGCCACCGUGCCCAGUGCUUCCAAAUCAUCCGAGGUCACAACUCCUUCACCCUCUGCGGUCACGUUGUUUUCAAGAGCAUCUCCCAGCGAUUCUGAUCCGCCGAGGAAAAGGAAUGUUUCCAGCAAGCAAACGACCGAUGGUGGUUCAUGGCCCGGCUCGGCUGUGAGCGACGUGGGCACUGCAGGCUCGAACUCGAAACUGGUAACUGCGUUCGGUUCCUCUCCCGUCAAUUCGUCGCCAAGUGCCUCCAAAGCGAUCACGUUCGGGACCCCUGCAUCUUCGGGGACUCCGGCCGCACCGAUCAGCAGCGCAGUAUCCGUCGCCGGAAGCACGCCGGCGGCAGUCUCCGUCGGCUCGGGGACGGCUUUCGGCACCCCGCCAGCGGCGAGUUUCGCCCUGAACCCGUCCGCGGCCCUGUUUGGAGCACCUUCAACCACGGCCCAAGCGUUUGGGUCCGGGGCAACCACCUUGACGCCCGCUCUCACGGGAAUACCACCUGCGUUCUCUUCUUCCACGUCCACCACACCAUCCGUGUUCGGGCUCGGCGCCACCAAGACUGCAGCCACCGCCCCUGCACCGGUCUUCGGAGCUACCUCCACCACAGCAUCCUCUGUGUUUGGAGCCUCCACGACCCCGGCGUUUGCUGCCACCGCUGCUACCACGGCGCCAAUGUUCGGAACCACCACCAACUCCAAGGCGACGCCGCUGUUCGGGACUACCUCGGCUCCCGCCACCACCACGGCGCCUCCGAUGUUCGGAGCCGCCUCCGCUGCAAAAGCGCCGACGUUUGGCGCCGCCGCCACCACUGCAACAUCCGGGUUCGGAGCGGCGUCCGUCACGGCGUCUUCUCUGUUCGGAGCCACCGACGCCGCGACGACGGCUUCUCCGGUUUUCGGAACCACCACCAACACUGCGACCCUGGUGUUCGGAGCCGCCACCACCGCGCCAUCGCCUGCGUUUGGGGUCGCUAAGUCCGUGGCUCCUCCCGCAUUCGGCACGGCUGUGACUUCUGCCGCACCGUCUAUGUUCGCCAGCAACACGAGCGCGGCAGCGCCGGUUUUCGGGGGCUCCCCGUCGACUCCGAGCUUCGGCGCCUCGGCCCCGGCCACAAGUUUCGGCGGGUCAAACUUCGGGGCGGGCUCCGCUUCCGCCCCGGCAUUCGGGGCGGCGCUCCAGCCGGGCUUCGCCGCCCCCAGCACCACUGCGUCCGCGUUUGGUUCCGGCACGACCCCGACCCAGAGCUUCGGGAGCUCGGCGGCCGCUCAGGUGUUCGGGGGGUCGGCCAGCGACGCGAAGUCUUCGGAGAAGCCCGCGGCGCCGUUCGCCUUCGGGGCGCGUGCCGCCGCGCCGCAGUUCCAGUUCGCCGGCGGCCAGCCCGGCGCGGCGGGCAAGCCGGACUUCAGCUUCGGCAGCGCCAACGUGGGCAGCCAGCAGCGCCCGGGCUUCGGCUUCGGGUCUUCGGCCCAGCAGCAGCAGCAGCAGCAGCCGUUCGGCUUCGGCGGGAGCCCCGCGUCUCCGGCCGCGGGCUCCGUGUUCGGCGCGGCCCAGGCGCCGGCCGGCUUCGGGGGACCCAACGCCGCCGCCGGCGGGUUCGCCGCUGGGGGCUUCAGCUUCGGGCAGUCCAACACUGGCGCGUUCGGCUUCCCCGGGGCCCGGCCCCCCGCCCCUCCGGCCUCGGCCCCCGGCCCCGCGCAGCCCUUCUCGUUCGUGGCGGCCGCCCCGAUGCAGUUCGACCCCAACGCCAAGCCGACCUUCAACUUCACCGGCGGCGAGACGCCGGUCUUCUCGGCCAACCCAGCGGCCGGAACGCCCGCCCAGCCCCGCAGAAUAAAGAAGGCGAUGAGGAGAGCGAAUCGUUGAUGGGGGACUGCCCACCGCCCAGCGCGCACGCCUGCCUUUUGUGUCCUUCAGUUUCCCCGCGCACGGCCGCAGUUCUGGGGUCCACGCCCUUAAUUUAUUCAAUGCCGUGCAACUACAGCACAUAUUUUAUU